UCUCUCUCUGUAUAAAUACAAACACAGAAAGGUGAUGCAGCAGUUGAAUUGAAGAGGAGAAAUAUAUAUUCAUUGAUUCAUGGGGAAAGGAAGAGCACCUUGCUGUGAUAAGAGCCAAGUGAAGAGGGGCCCUUGGAGUCCUUCUGAGGACAUGAGGCUCAUCACCUUCAUUCAGAGACAUGGCCAUGAUAACUGGAGGGCUCUUCCUAAGCAAGCUGGACUGCUCCGAUGCGGAAAAAGUUGCCGUUUGAGAUGGAUUAACUACCUCCGUCCUGACUUGAAAAGAGGCCACUUUACCAAAGAGGAAGAGGAAUCCAUAAUCAAAUUACACGAAGCUUUGGGGAACAAGUGGUCCAAAAUUGCUUCUCAUUUUCCUGGAAGAACGGACAAUGAAAUUAAGAAUGUGUGGAACACUCAUUUGAAGAAAAAAUGGUCUCUCAAGGAUGCAAAUUCAAAUGGAGAUCAUGAGCUAUCCUCCCACAUGAUCUCCUCAUCCUCAUCUUCCUCUACGAAUUCAUUUACGUCAUGUGGGAAACAAAAUAAUAUAGGAGUUGAUGAGAAAGUUGAUCAUCAAGAUUCACAAAAAGAAGUAGGAAACGAAUUAUUUACCACAGCAAAAGACCCAAGACAACAACAACGACAACAACAACAAACAAGUUGUUCUGUUUCUAAUUCCUAUGAUUCAAAUGUCUCAAACUCUAGAUCUGCAGCUGAGGUUUCAAGACCAGAAGAUCAAAUGGAUUCACUGAUCCAUUAUGGAGGACCCUAUGAUGUGAAUAACAUGUUACAGGAGGUGAACAAACCUGAAGGGCUAGAAAUCCCACUGGAGGCUGAUGUUGAGUUUUGGAACAUGUUGGAUAACUUAGACUCUAUGCUGUCUAGUGAAGCCCAAUUUGGUCACGAUCAUCAGGUGGUGAAUGGGUGCAAAAUCUCAAACUCUGUAGAAGUUGAGAACAAAAAGUGGCUGUGCUACUUGGAAAAUGAACUGGGAUUAGAUGCAAUGGGGGAAGAAGAUGAGGUGGCCCCAGAGAAUUUUCAGUGCCAGAUAUUUUCGACGCCAGAUGAAUCGGAUCCAGAAAUUAAUUUUGGGUUAUUUUCCAAUGUGGCCUAGAUCAAUGAUCACAAAUCUGCAAGCCAAUAGGGUGGGGGGUGUGUGAAAGUUGUGGUUCUAAUGAAGAGCAUGUUAAAGUUGACUUUUUAUAGUAGAAAUCCUAACAUGAUAAAAUUAAAGUCCAAUAGGUAUUGAUUGUAGAGUGAAGAAGUGAUACAUUUUUCUUGAUGCUCGAUCUCCUACACACCAUAAUCAAA